CGUGUCUCCGUCAUGAACCGAGAGGAAGAGAAGAAGAAGAGCUGCAGCUUCACAGCCUGAGCUCUUGCUAAUCAUUUCUACAUUACAAUAAUCUGACAGGAUUUAUUUAAACUACACAGUAGCAAUCUUAUCUAGUGUGUGUGUGUGUGUGUGUGUGUGUGUGUGUGUGUGUGUGUGUGUGUGUGUGUGUGUGAGAGAGGGAGAGAGAGAGAGAGAGAGAGGUGAUUAACUCCGCUCUGCUUUAAAUCCUGAGUGUCUGGAUCAGCUGGGUGAGGACAUGCAGACGGACGUGUGCAGCACUUCUGAUGGAAGAACAUCGAGCUCGGUGGGACACGUCGCCUCUGUGGACCAACAGAACAGAGAACCCUGGAAGAAACCUCUGAAAGAGGAAGAAACUGAUGAAGAUGAGGAUGAAGAUUACUUCUAUGGAGGAACUUGCAGCUCUGUGAAAGACGCAGAAGAUCAUCAGAACGCAGAAUUCCAGAUACUUAUAAAAGAAGAAGAACCUGAACAUGACGACAUUCUCUACUGUGAGGACUGCAGAUCUUUCUUCAUCAACAAGUGCGAGGUUCACGGUCCGGCUCUCUUCAUCCCGGACAUCGCGGUUCCACUGGGGGUCGCUGACCGGGCCAGACAAACCCUUCCUCCCGGUCUGGAGAUCCGGAAGUCCAGUAUUCCCGACGCAGGCCUGGGAGUGUUCAACAACAGCGACACUAUUCCAGUCGGCGCUCACUUCGGGCCCUACCAGGGAGACACGGUGGACCGAGAGGAAGCCAUGAACAGCUCCUACUCCUGGGUGAUACAUAAGAGCGAGCAGAGUGAAAAAUACAUUGAUGCCACGUCAGAGCUGCAUUCUAACUGGAUGAGGUACGUGAAUUGCGCCCGUAAUGAUGAAGAGCAGAAUCUGGUGGCGUUUCAGUAUCGAGGUGGGAUUCUGUACCGCUGCUGUCGACCCAUCGGACCUGGACACGAGUUGUUGCUGUGGUACGAAGAGGAGUUCGCUAAAGAUCUCCACAGCUUCACCUUCAACUACAUCUGGAGCAGAAAGUGCUCCGUAAACGGAACGAACACCAUCCUUCAGGUUUUCUCCUGCUCCUCAUGUCCACUUUCCUAUACAUCCAAAAGUUAUCUCCACAAACACAUCAAGAGAUGCCACCACGAGGAAUACGUCCGACUCCUGAAAUCAGGAGAGAUUAAAUACGAGAGUCUGGUGGCCUCGAAGAGCUCCAGUCAGUCCGCCGCGGUGUGCGUGGACGGUCUCGAUGCCGACUCUCCUCGCAUGCAGACGCAGAAAGCUCCUCUCCAGUGCUCGGAAUGCGGGAAGAAUUUCAUCCAGCGUAAACAUCUGAAAGUGCACCAGCGUGUUCACACGGGCGAGAAGCCGUAUCAGUGCUCGCAGUGCGGGAAGACUUUCACGCAGCGGAGCAGUCUCCAGCUCCACCAGCGCCUUCACACGCGAGAGAACCUGUGUCAGUGCUCGCAGUGCGGGAAGAGCUUCACUCAGCAGAUCCAUCUCCAGGCACACCAGCGCAUCCACACGGGAGAGAAGCCGUAUCAGUGCUCGCAGUGCGGGAAGAGUUUUAGCGAGAAAGGGAGUCUCCGACGACACCAGAACAUCCACACCGGCGAGAAGCCGUACCACUGCUUGCAGUGCGGGAAGAGUUUCAGCGAGUUAGGAACUCUCACGCGACACCAGCGCAUUCACACGGGAGAGAAACCCUAUCAGUGCUCACACUGCGGGAAGAGUUUCAGUGAAAGAGGAAACCUCCGAACACACCAGCGUAUCCACACGGAGGAGAAGCUGUAUCACUGCGCACAGUGUGGGAAGAGUUUUACUCACCAGAGCACUCUCCAGCAGCACCAGCGCAUUCACACCGGAGAGAAACCCUACUGCUGCACCGUGUGCGGGAAAAGCUUUACCCAGCACGGCAGCUUCCAAAAACACCAGCGCAUUCACACCGGAGAUAAACCCUACUACUGCUCCGUGUGCGGGAAACACUUCACCCAGCAGGGCAACUUCCAGAAGCACCAGCGCAUUCACACGUGAGAGAAACCGUCCUGCUGCGUACAGUGUGGGAGGAGCUUCAUUCACGAGAGUCACCUCCGACUCCACCUGCGUGUCCACACUGAAGAACAGCCGUAUCACGUCUCGGAGCGUGAGAAGAGCAUUCCCGUAUGAUUUUAUAUAUAUAUAUAUAAGUGGCGUGCAUAAGUACUCCACAUUGAAGUGGAAAGACUAGGACACUGUCGGAGACCUCAGUGCAGUGAGCAGUAAACAGGGGAUUAGUCAGAGAAACAACCGAGCGGCCAAGGGAAUGCUACCACCACCAUCCUUCUCAGGGCUUCCACAAAACAUAGCUCUUUGUGCGCAGGCCAAACAGGGUACUUUUUGGCUUAAGUUUUUAAUUUUGGUCUCAGCAGACCGGACAACAUGGGUUUGAGUCUCAAAAUGGGAUUUCACAUCGAUUUCUUUCCUCUGUGUUUCAUCUUGUCACUCUUCCAUAAAGUCCAGUCUGUGUGCAGUGUUCAGGCUCGUGCUUGUGUCUGUGACUAAUCCCCUCUUUUUACCCACUCACUGACUCGCUGCCUUUAGGUGUUCGGCCUCCUCGAGUCCUCCCCGAGUCGCGGUUCUGUCGCAUUCCUCACGUUUUUAAUCGCAGAUGUAACGUCCCGUCUGCAGGAGGUUCCGAGUUCAGGAUAUUUUUUUAGAACAAAACCCUGACUGAUAUUUUUCCAGAACUUUGUUUUGAUGGCUCGUUGGUCUUCAUUAGGUUCUCUAACACACUCUGGGUUCCUCCAGGAACUGGAGAUUUACACUGAGAUCAUGUGACACUUUCAUUACACAUAGCUCCACUCUGUUCUACUCAUCAUCUCACUUCUGAUGGAAACUCAACCAGAACUAUGUUAGGGGGUGAAUACUUAUGCACAUACAACUUUAAUAUAUUUUUAUUUCGAAAUCAUUUCCCUCCUACUUCAGUAUUAUGGGAUGUUUUGUGCAGAUUCAUGGUAUAAAAUCCUGAUGAAGUCCAUUUCAGUUCUAAACUGUAACGUGUGGAAAAGUCCAAGGGGGUGAAUACUUAUGCACAGUGCUGUAUUUUAAAAAAGAUUUUCAGAAGAUGUGUGUGAAGUCCCGGGUGUGUAGAGAGUGAGACAGAAGGAGCCGGAGGAGAUCCGUUUCCUCGCUGUGUUUAUAGAGAACAGGUUACCAUUCUUUAAGUUGUGUUUCAUGUGGUGGAAGACAGACAGGUGUCUCCUGCACACAGACAGGUGUCUCCUGCACACAGACAGGUGUCUCCUGCACACAGACAGGUGUCUCCUGCACACAGACAGGUUAGACCACACCUACAGUAAUGAUUAUUUCUGUCAGGUUUUACGUUCUAAUAAUAAUAAUAAUAAUAAUAAUAAUAAUAAUAAUAAUCUGUUCUUAUUAGUGAUACACUCUUUCCGUUAUUAGUGACGUUAGUAAAUAAAAUAUUAGAGUUUAUAUAUCAUCAUGUACUUUAGUAGUAUUGUAAGAUAUAUGUAAGGUAUAUUUACGGUAAUCUCUACGCGUUUUGAUUUUCUUGUCACUCGGUUAAACCUGCGUGUAAAUAAAUGACCCUGGACAUGCUUUCGAUUAAAUGUUUCCCAUCAGACCCUGCUGUAAAAAACCUGUACAAACCAUCACAGAAAUUCUAAUGGUUUCCACUACAAAUACCGUUACAAACCAUCAGCUGUUAAACAUUAAAACUGUUACCAUUACUGGUCCUUAAUGGUAUCCACUAGACAUAACAUGCCACCAAUAGAAGGAAGCAGAUUACCAGUAGAGACCCACAGGGACCAUUACAGUUUCCAUUUAAACCAUUACAAUUCCCAUUAUAACCAUUAAAUCCAUUACAAAUUCA